AUAUAAAGGAGGACAACGGCGGGAGAAGAACGGCUGGGAAGGCACAGACCGGAUUUGUAAAUAAGACCGUUCAAAUCUGUGUUUUAUUUACAAAAGUUAUGCCGGCUAAUUUUAAGUAUCGUACCCAGUUGUUUUAGAUCGUUUUUCCUUUUUUUGCUCUCAUUCCUCGCUUCAUUUUCGUGUGGUUUUACACUACGCGUAAUGGCGAGCUCGGCUAACUCGAAUCCAGUGCCUAAACUGUACAGGUCUGUGAUUGAAGAUGUUAUCAACGAAGUCCGGGAGCUCUUCCUGGAUGAGGGGGUGGACGAGCAGGUUCUCAUGGAGCUCAAAACGCUGUGGGAGAACAAGUUGAUGCAGAGUAAGGCAGUGGAGGGCUUCCAUACCGAGGAGCAGGCGGCCCUCCAGGCAGCAGCCCAUCAGCAGGCCCAACAGGCCCAGCAGGCCAACCAGCAAGCCCAGGCACAGCAGGUCCUCCUGCCCCCACAGCAGCAAGUGACAAGCUGGCAAUCCACCCGGCCUACUGUCACAAGCGCACCCCAGCAGCAAGUCAUUGUGCAGGAUCCUAAGAUUCUGCAGCACAUGAGUGCAACGGGGAUGAGUGCAGCAGCCACCGCAGCAACCCUGGCCUUACCCACAGGUGUCAGUCCCUACCAUCAGCUUAUCACCAGUCAAGGCAAUUUGUCCCAGAAUUGUUAUAUUAAGACAGCGGACGGUCAGAUCCUACAGUUUGUGCGUGCAGCCAACGGUGCUCAGUACAUCAUCCAGCCUCAGCAGCAGAUGGUACUACAACAGCAGGUCCUUCCUCAGAUGCAGCCGGGUGGCGUGCAGGCUCCCGUAAUACAGCAGGUACGCCCCAUUACACAGGUUCUGGCUCCUCUCCAGGGAGGCCACCCACAGCAGACUGGAGUCAUCAUCCAGCCUCAACAGAUCGUCCUCACUGGGAACAAGGUCCAGCAGAAUGCACAGGUAAUGCAGAUGCCAGGCCAGCCCGGCCAGGUGCAGCAGAUCCAGCAGCAGGUCCAACAAGUCCAACAGGCCCAGGGUGGCGCUGCGCCAGGGCCACCACAGCAGCAAGCCAAGCAGCAGCCUCCUAUGAUGCUGCAGGUUGACGGAGCGGGGGACACGUCCUCAGAGGAUGAGGACGAGGAGGAGGAGGAAUAUGAUGAGGAUGAAGAUGAAGACAAGGAUAAAGAUGGAGGGGAGGACGGCCAGGUGGAGGAGGAGCCUCUGAACAGUGAAGAUGACGUGAGUGAUGAGGAGGACCAAGAACUGUUUGACACAGAGAACGUGGUGGUGUGCCAGUACGACAAGAUCCACAGAAGUAAGAACAAAUGGAAGUUCCACCUGAAGGAUGGUAUCAUGAACCUGAAUGGCCGAGACUACGUCUUCUCCAAAGCCAUCGGGGACGCUGAGUGGUAAAACGCGCCACAAAAAAGGGUACAUCCAAAAUGGCACCCUAUUGCCGAUUUUUAUAGUGCACUACUUUCGACCAGGGCCCAUAAUCCUCUGGUCAAAAUGAGUGCACUACAUAGGGGGAUAGGCGGCUGUUUGGAAUGUAGGCAAAGCAACAAAACACCACAAAAGAACUCUGGAACUUUCUGUUCGAGAAAGAGGGAGACCUCAAUAACUGAAGACCCAGGGAAUCACUGGAGACAUUUCAGCCUGAAGACCUGUGGUGGGUUGGUGGGGGAAGGAAAAUAUAUGACACCACCCAAAACUGUGAGAUGCACAUCUGAAUGAAUGGUAUUUCAGUAUCAAUACCCAACAAGCUUGAGAAGACUGUCCCUGCAUCGUAGAACCCUCAGAGGAGGAGGGAUCCUUUGCGCUUCUUUGUUUGAAUGAAUUCAACUUCAGGUUGAACUGACAGGUCUUACACACUUGUAGUUGUAGUGGACCAGAUAUAACCACCGACUUGACCCACUCUAAACACUUUAUACCUAUAGGUUUGAAUCGAGGUCAAAGUUCAGUGAAAAUGCCCAGCGAUUGGACAGGGAAAUCUCAAUUCCAGUUGUGCCCAGUGAUUGGCUAGGGAACUUGUCAGUCAAUCCUAGUAGGGUUUUUUUUCUCAAAGUGACCCUGCACUACACAGUAAAGUUGACACCAGUGUAUUGAGUUAAAUUGGCUGUUUGCAAAGGCCGACAUUAUUAGCUUCUUGUUGUAAAUCUCCAUUCCAUGUCACUGAUAUGAUAUUCCUGCCACGUGUUCUCAUGGUCCACACUAGAAGUUUCCUUCCGGGUAUCCAGUUGAUACUAGUACUCACUGUGUGUUCGGCAGUGUAGCGCUCCCCUCCUGUGAUCCUAGUAACUUUUUAUAUUUUUAUUGUUAUGAUGAAGACCAACCCCACUAAAGGCAAAAGGUUGGUAACGACCUAGUGAUGUAAAUUGAGUGAAGGGAUCCCAGGGCACCUCCUAUUCCCUAUAGAAUUCACUUUUGUGAGCCCUGGUCAAAAGUAGUGCUCUACAAAGGGAAUAGGAUGCCAUUGGGGAUAAAAACAAAUAAAAGAAUCCCCUGUCUGCUUCUUUUUCAAGCCCUCUUAAAUCAUUCUAUUGUUGACUGACCCUGUGCAAAGACUGUUAAUGAAUCAACCAAUGAAUGGAUAGAUACAAUUAUUGUACAUUGUACAAAUGUCUUCAAACACUUACAGUUUUCCUGUUUUGUGUAUCUGGUCUUCUAAUUCAGUGGUUAAUCAGUGCAGCCAGCUGGGGAUUUGCAUUGUCAGUGUCAAUGUAUCGUGAAGUCAGUCAAGUUUGGCCACAGCAUGCCCAAUAUUGUGUGUUUGUGAGGUCUGUCUGAGUUCACUGCUUGUUGAAGAUGGAUUCAUCAGUUAAUGUUGUUGGAAGAAUGGACAUCCCCUUUCUGAUUUUACAGUACAAAUAGAUAACAUUUUUGUGAUUCAUUUGUUUUGUGUCGAUUUUUGUAUUUAUUCCUGAAAGCUCAGGCAGUGUUAUAUAUUUUUUUUGGGGGGGGGGGGUGAAAAGUAAUCAAGAAGCCGCACCAAUCUGUGCUCUUAUGAUGAUAACGAAGUGUUCCUUUUUUCUUUUAGUUGGUUUGACUAGGCUCCAUGUGCUGUGGGCCAUGUCUUGGCUGCUGUGUACAGCACUGUCUGUCUUGUGCUUUCAUUUUAAUCAUGAUGAUUUUAGAAAAGUCCUGUUCAAGCAGGUUUCAACUUCUGGGUGGCAAGGUGUGUGUUCUCUGCAGUUUAUUUUAACAGUGCCCCAUUGCAACAAAAAAAUGUCUCUGAAAUAAAUAAAGUAUGUUUUCAGCUUUUUCAUAGUAGCUUUGAUUCUGUUUGGGUUUUGUGUGUGUGUGUGUGUAUAUACGUAUGCCUGUGCAGUCAUUCUCAGACACAAUGGCCCAACUCAUGACUAAAGUAGUCAUUCUGUUGAGGAAUGUACGCUGGAACAUUUCAGAGUAGCUUCUAGUUCUGGAACUCUGCGCUUGGACAAGCAGUAGCAUAUGAUAUGAGCCACUCUUCUGCUCAAGUGGUUUUGACCAUUUUAAUCAAAUUAUUUUAGCAUUGUUCCUAAUUCCACAUGUUCUAAUUCCCUGAUGUAAUUUCGUUUGUGCCUUUUGGAUUUUAGUUUGGCAUUUAGGUAUUCACAUAUAAUGAUGAUCAUUUGGAGAGGAUUUCUCUAGAUAAUGUACUUUGACUUAUUUUAUUCUUCAUGUACUAUGCUUUUCAACUGCUGUUCAACAACAACAAAAAAACGGUUUGUUUGAGAUGUAUCGUUUGUAUCAUUCAUAUAACCAUUUUUAUUUUAUUUAAUAUCAGAUCUUUGUAAAUGACCAUAACUUGGCGGAUGUGCUUUGAAUACAAGUAAUUAGGGAAGGUAGUAUUUUAUUGUGCAGACAUGUUGAGUUUUUGCCUUUUCUAAACAUUUUAUUAAAGUAAUAUCGAAGCUG